AUGUCGUCGAUUCACUACAAGUUCCGUGCGGAGCUUGAUUACAAAACUCUGCAGUUCGACGGAUUGCAUAUACGCGGAGAACAACUAGUUCGCGAAAUUUGUGCGAAAGAAAACCUGAAACUCGAGCUCUUCGACUUGCAGCUGCAGAAUGCUCACACAAAAAAGAUGUAUAGUGAUGAUGAGCUGAUUCCAAGAAAUUCGUCAAUAAUAGUGCAAAGAUCUCCGCGAAAGGAUGCGGCCAAAGUUCAGAAAGUCCAAGCUGGAGUCAAUUCUGGAAUGGUAAAUCAAGCGGAUCCUAGUUCGACUUCUCUUGAUCCGAGUACUCAUAUUGCAUCGGAGGAAUUCGAAAACAUGGAUGAGGCUGAACGUCUCAAUCACAUUCGUGAUCAAUCAACUCGAGCAUAUGAUCCAGCUAACUUUCGUCGUCGACCACAAGGAAUUAUGACUGGACCACCACCACCGACGUACACUUGCAAUCGCUGCUAUCAACCUGGACAUUGGUACAAAAAUUGCCCGAUGGUAAUGCCUAAAAAGGAUUCGUUCGCGACCCAUCUUUUUCUCUUUUGUACCUCCUCGCGGAGCUCUUUCUUUUUUAUCAACUUCUGUGUGUGUUCGAUGAACGAAGAUAAAAGGCCCUGUUUUGUACAAAAGUUAUCUCAUUUUCAGCUCAAUACGAAGCGAACAACUGGAAUACCAUCACAAGAGCUUAUGGAAACUACAGCGGACGAUCCGGCAGCCAUGCUGCAUCCGAGCGGCAAGUACGUUGUUCCGAUAAUGCAUUGGAAGGCUCGUCAAGAUACGCUUGCCAAAAAGGGCGAAGAUGGAUCCUCUUCUCCUGCUCAAGUUGAUCGCAAAGUUCCUACAGAGCUGCUCUGUCCAUUGUGCCAGUCUCUGUUCAAGGAAGCAAUCGUCACUUCCUGUUGUGGAAAUUCGUAUUGUGCUGAAUGCAUUGAGCAGAUUAUAAUUGAUCCAGAAAAUCGAAAAUGUCCUGGAGCUGAUUGCGGCAGAGAAGUGAGUCUUAUUCGUCCCCUCUUCUGUUAUCUUGAAUUUUUUCAGCUAUCCAUUACAAGUAUCAUACCAAAUAAAACUCUUCGCGAUGCUGCCGCCGCCUGGCUUGGCGCAUCUGCUCCUGGUCAGUUACCAGCAGGCCAAACUAUACAAGAGCCAGAACAAAUUCGUAUUCGAAUUGGAUUAAAAGCACCCACUGCUUCUGGAGGACAGAAUAUCGUGGCUGGGAUAUCACCUGGAAGCGGACUAAUUGCACAACAACCAGUAGUCGUCCCAAUGUCUUCGGCUCCACCAACCAUUCCAUUAUCUUCCGCCUCGCAAGUUUCUUACAUCAAUUCAAUGCCAAAUGUGCCCGGUAUCCCGUCAACCACUCCCGUUGUCAUCCAAGACGUUACCCUUCCACCCCCGUUUCUUCGACAAGAAAUUCCUCCUGGCAUCCCAGGAAUAUCUGGUAUUCCUGUUUACUCCCAGACUCCUGUCGCAGUUGGUAUCCCAAGUGCUGUUCAUACGGCUUCAUCGGCCUAUAACACAACGCCCUUUGACGAUGCGUUCUCACAGAGACUUGCAGCGCUAUCAGGUAUUUCUGCUACUGAAUCAAUGCACACCAGUGGCAAAAAGCGAUCUCACAAGGAUGACAGAACGAGGCGCAAAAACCGACAUGAUCCGAGAAGUCGUCGACGACGAGAAUCUUCAUCAGGAUCAACCUCUUCAUCUGACACAUCCUAUUCUUCUGAUGACAAUAGCCGCCAUAAUCGUAACCGACGGGAUCGUGGACGAGAUUCAAAGCACAGGCGCAGUGUCGAGAAGGAGCGCUCAAAGCGAUCAGAUGAACGCAGGAGAGACCGGGAAAGAGAUCGUGAGCACCGCGAUUAUCGGGAACACCGUGAUAGUCGCGAAAUGAGAAAUAGCGGCAGAAGCAAAGAUGUGAAAGCGACAUCAUCGUCGUCGUCGUCGCAUCGUAGAGUUCGCGACGAAGGACGGCGCAAAGACAGAAACAGAGACGAUGAGAAGAAGUAUGAUCGCGAAUCAAAUGAUGAUAGAGAAUGCACAAACAAAGAUGUCGAGUCCAAGGAUGAAGACGAGAUAGACGGAAUUAUCGCAGAGUACGGUAAUGUACAAGUUCAAGAAGCGGAGACUAUUGCUCCUGUCGAGUCAGAAGAGCACGUUAAAGACGAAGAAGGUUCAACACCACUUCACGAGAGCAGUACAUCACCCAGAUCUAUACCGAAUCGGGAUGAAGAAGAAGAUGAUGAACCUGCGGCAGACGACGAGCCUGUGGACGAAGAAGAAAAAGGGCCUCUUCGUGAAAAGUCACUGACUGCGUCAAACCACGCCAUAGAAACCAGUGAAGCCGAAGUGACUGAAACCAAAGAUGAGGAAAUGCCUCUUGUUGAAGAGCAAUCUGUAGAGGAUGAUGAGGUGGUGGCGAACAAGAAGGAAGACGAUGACCAGCUGAAAGACAAAGAAUCACAGGCUUCAACUAUCAACACUGCUGAUGAGGAUGAAGAAGGUGAAAAGAAGCAUAAGAAGAACAAGAAGAGCAAGAAAAGCAAAAAAGAAAAGCAUCGUAAGAAGGAUGAUGACGAUGAAGAUGAAGAGAGAUCACGAAAAAAACAUAAGAAACACAAAAAGGAGAAGAAGUCAAAACGGGAGAAACGAGAAGCUGAUAGUGAUCAUGAGCAAGAACGUAAAGAAAGAAAGAAGAAUAGGGGAGAGAGAAAUCAAAAAGAAAACAAUAACGAUUCUAAAGAUCAUCAUCGCUCCAAAGAUUUAAAAAAAGAACGGGACGAUGGAAGUGAGUCAAGGGAUAAAAAGUAUCAAGACAAAAAAGCUGGCACUGAAAGGAAACACGAGAAGGAAAGAAGGUACAUCGAUGAGCAGGACAAGAAGAAAGAGCGGAAGCGGGAUCGUAAUGCUGAUGAGUAUGAUAGUGAUGCUCCGCAGGUGAAGAUCAAACGCGAAGAGAAAAACAAAGAUGAUCAACAAGAUCGUGAUCGUAAAAAAGAGGAUCCAGAAAAUGGAAAGGACUGGAGAAGAAAGGAAAGAGACAGAGAAGUCAAAGAUAAGAAGCACGAUAAGUACAAAGAAAAGGAACGCGAAGAUGAUAAUGAAAAGGUGAAGCAGCGAGAAAAAGAGAAGGAACGCCAGAAGGAACGAGACAAAGAGAAAGAACGUCAGAAAGAAAAAGAACGCCAGAAGGAAAGGGAGAAGGAUAAAGAGAAGGACAAGGAUAGUGCCAAACAGAUCGAAAAGCCACGAAAAUCGGUCCACGAAAGACUUCAAAAAGCGAACACUGUAAAUGCUUCAGCCUCUUCAACAUUUUCCUCGAGAUCUGCACCAUCUCGUAAACCUGUUUCCUUCUCUCUAUCUUCUAGCAAGCCAACAUCAAGUCUCAGAGCUCGCCAAUACUCCUCAUCGUCGUCUGCUAAAGAAGAUGAAGAACAUUGCCGGGUUUUACAGUGCUCGAAGCAAGAUCGUCGCAAAAAAGAGGAAACGGAUGUGGAGAGCAGCGGAGAUAAGGAAAAGAACAAAAAAUCUUCUCGUCCAUCAAAUGAGGCAACAGUCACGAAGCAUAAAACUCCCCCUCAAACAUAUAUUUCACCCCCGUCAUUUCUCGGUCCCAAUAUUCUUUUCACUUCUCCGCAUUCCGAUUCAAUUUCUUGUAGAAGCCCUUCUAGAGAGGCAUCUUCCUUGUAA